ACCCUUCACCGCAACUUUCCGACACUUCACCGCUAGGUUAGGCGUACCUUUCUCUCUCACCAGCUGGGUCCCCGUUGGCUGUUGGGUUGAGCCCGGGCUUGCGAGGUCACGUAUUUUUUAGUCUUUCGCGGUUUGUCACCAAUUCCUAUUCAAGAUGGUGCAGGAUCUGCCAUGGGAAAAUUUGAAACGAAAGUUGUCUUGGUUCAAUCAAAAUCAUGCUGAUAUGUAUUUGGAUGGCCGAUGGGACCCCAAGCGAACUAGGGGAGUGAAUGUCGUUCUCCUAGGCCCUCCUGGCUCAGGGAAAGGUACUCAGGGUCCAAAGAUGAAGGAAGAAUAUUGUGUAUGUCAUCUUUCUACGGGUGACAUGCUCCGAGCAGAGGUAUCCUCUGGAUCUGAGCUAGGCAAGAAGUUGAAGGCAACGAUGGAUGCAGGAAAACUUGUGAGUGACGAACUUGUAGUGGAUUUAAUAGCUGCCAAUUUGAAUAAACCUGAGUGCAGGAAUGGAUUCCUCCUUGACGGUUUUCCUCGUAAUGUUGCUCAAGCUUCUAAGCUGGACAACCUACUGGGUGCACGUAAUACACCACUGGAUGGAGUUCUUGAAUUUGCCAUUGAAGACAGCCUACUUGUGAAGCGCAUUACAGGUCGAUUGAUCCAUCCCCAAAGUGGAAGGUCUUACCAUGAAGAAUUUCACCCUCCUAAGGAAGCCAUGAAGGAUGAUAUCACAGGAGAACCUCUAAUUCGUCGGUCUGAUGACAAUGUGGAUUCAUUAAAGAAGCGCCUAUCGACCUAUCACGAACAGACCAAGCCUCUUGUUGAUUACUACAAGCGUCAAGGUAUUCAUUACAGACUGGAGGCUUCACUGCCAGCAGAUCUGGUAUUUCAGCGAAUCAAGAAAAUCUUUGGACGUUGUGUGACCGCUGAGGAGGCAGGUGGCAGCUAUGUUUGAAGUGUUCAUGGAGUUUUAGUUUCCAAGAUGGGUUGCAUGAUUUUAGUAAAUUGUAUUGUCAGAAUUCAGCAACCUGUCAACAAUAGACAUUUGAGAUGCCUAUUAAAGCUACACUGACAGAAUGA